AUGUCACUCGCAACGGGAGCAAAGGCAUUAAAUGCUCUCGAGUUUCUACGACUUUGUGGUCGUCUCAAAACUCUUAAACGCACUGGAUGGGUGAAUAACAACGUGACGUUACCCGAGUCCGUAGCUGAUCAUAUGUAUCGUAUGGGAAUGUGUUGCAUGCUUUUGGAUGAUACCAAUGAGACUGUAAAUCGUUCCAAAUGCAUGAAGAUGGCUAUUGUACAUGAUUUGGCCGAGUCAUUGGUUGGAGAUAUCACGCCUUACGAUGGUGUUACUGAAGAGGAUAAACAUCGUAUGGAAAAGGAGGCAAUGGACGAGAUUUGUAACACACUGGGCGACACGCCGUCAGCUACAGAGAUCCGUGCUCUGUGGAACGAGUAUGAGGCUGGAUAUACCGAAGAGGCUAAGAUCGUCAAGGAUUUUGACAAAUUUGAGAUGAUCCUGCAAGCUGAUGACUAUGAGAAAGCCCAAAACAUUCCAUUGGACAAUUUUUUUCAGAGCACCAAGGACAAGUUUCGUACACCGCUGGUUCAGUCCUGGGCCGCUGAGCUAAUUAUGCAGCGGAAUGCGCGCCAUACGAUUCAGGACUUUUCGCUGACCAAGUGA